AUGUGCCUCAAGUGCAAGCCUGUGGAAGCCACUGAUGACGCCUUUUGGGACCAGUUCUGGGCAGACACAGCCACCUCAGUUCAGGACGUCUUUGCACUGGUGCCAGCAGCAGAGAUACGGGCCGUACGGGAGGAGUCGCCCUCCAACCUGGCCACUCUGUGCUACAAGGCCGUGGAGAAGCUGGUGCAGGGGGCCGAGAGCGGCUGCCACUCGGAGAAGGAGAAGCAGAUUGUCCUAAACUGCAGUCGUCUCCUCACCCGUGUGCUGCCGUACAUCUUUGAGGACCCCGACUGGAGGGGUUUCUUCUGGUCCACUGUGCCUGGGGCCGGCCGAGGAGGGGGAGAGGAGGAGGAUGAAAACGCCCGGCCCCUGGCCGAGUCCCUGCUUCUGGCCGUCGCCGACCUGCUCUUCUGCCCAGACUUCACGGUCCAGAGCCACAGAAGGAGCACUGUGGACUCGGCGGAGGACAUCCACUCCCUGGAUAGCUGUGAAUACAUCUGGGAGGCCGGUGUGGGCUUUGCACACUCCCCACAGCCCAGCUACACCCAUGACAUGAACCGGACGGAACUGUUGAAGCUGCUGCUGACCUGCUUCUCCGAGGCCAUGUACCUGCCGCCAGCUCCGGACAGUGGCAGCACUAACCCCUGGGUGCAGUUCUUUUGUUCCACGGAGAACAGACACGCCCUGCCCCUCUUCACCUCCCUGCUCAACACCGUGUGUGCCUAUGACCCUGUGGGCUACGGGAUCCCCUACAAUCACCUGCUCUUCUCCGACUACCGGGAGCCCCUGGUGGAGGAGGCUGCCCAAGUGCUCAUCGUCACCUUGGACCACGACAGUGCCACCAGUGCCAGCCCCACCGUGGAUGGCACCACCACAGGCACUGCCAUGGACGACGCAGAUCCGCCAGGCCCCGAGAACCUGUUUGUGAACUACCUGUCCCGCAUCCACAGAGAGGAGGACUUCCAGUUCAUCCUUAAGGGUAUGGCGCGGCUGCUGUCCAACCCCCUGCUCCAGACCUACCUGCCCAACUCCACCAAGAAGAUCCAGUUCCACCAGGAGCUCCUGGUUCUUUUCUGGAAGCUCUGUGACUUCAACAAGAAGUUCCUCUUCUUCGUGUUGAAGAGCAGUGACGUGCUGGACAUCUUGGUCCCCAUUCUCUACUUCCUCAACGACGCGCGAGCCGAUCAGUCGCGGGUGGGCCUCAUGCACAUCGGCGUCUUCAUCCUCCUGCUGCUGAGCGGGGAGCGGAACUUCGGGGUGCGGCUCAACAAGCCCUAUUCAGUGCGUGUGCCCAUGGAUAUCCCGGUCUUCACGGGGACCCACGCCGACCUGCUCAUUGUGGUCUUCCACAAGAUCAUCACCAGCGGGCACCAGCGGCUGCAACCCCUCUUCGAUUGCCUGCUGACGAUAGUGGUCAACGUGUCCCCCUACCUCAAGAGCCUGUCCAUGGUGGCCGCCAACAAGCUGCUGCACCUGCUUGAGGCCUUCUCUACCACCUGGUUCCUCUUCUCGGCGGCCCAGAACCACCACCUGGUCUUCUUCCUUCUGGAGGUCUUCAACAACAUCAUCCAGUACCAAUUUGAUGGCAACUCCAACCUGGUCUACGCCAUCAUCCGAAAACGCAGUGCCUUCCACCAGCUGGCCAACCUGCCCACCGACCCGCCCGCCAUCCACAAGGCGUUGCAGCGGCGCCGGCGGGCGCCUGAAGCCCUGUCCCGCACUGGCUCACAGGAAGGCGCCUCCAUGGAGGGCUCCCGCCCCGCCGCCCCCGCUGAGCCUGGCACCCUGAAGACCAGCCUCGUGGCCACGCCAGGCAUUGACAAGCUGACGGAGAAGUCCCAGGUGUCAGAGGAUGGCACCUUGCGGUCCUUGGAACCAGAGCCCCAGCAGGGCUCAGGGGAUGGUGGCCCCGUUGUGGGGGAGUCCGGCCAGGUGUGGCGGGAGCAGCGGCGACCAUCCAGUGGGUCUGCCAGUGGGCAAUGGAGCCCAACGUCGGAGUGGGUGCUGUCCUGGAAGUCCAAGCUGCCGCUGCAGACCAUCAUGAGGCUGCUGCAGGUGCUGGUUCCGCAGGUGGAGAAGAUCUGCAUCGACAAGGGCCUGACGGAUGAGUCCGAGAUCCUGCGCUUCCUGCAACACGGGACCCUGGUGGGGCUCCUCCCUGUGCCCCACCCCAUCCUCAUCCGCAAGUACCAGGCCAACUCGGGCACCGCCAUGUGGUUCCGCACCUAUAUGUGGGGCGUCAUCUACCUGAGGAAUGUGGACCCGCCUGUCUGGUACGACACCAACGUGAAGCUGUUUGAGAUCCAACGGGUGUGA